AGAAAGACGACUUACUACGUUUCUCAAGGUAGGGCAAUUCGCUGCAUGGUUGCUCUCUUUACGAACUUGGAAGACCUGAUUGCCAAAAAUGAUCGCAGGUACGAGGAGCACACGGUGGACAACACCACAGAGUACGUUGUUCCUUUUAUUCUACAAGAUCACAUGCAAUGCGGUUACAUCACGCUCGCACAGGUUUUGCCUUGGAUACACCCCAAGCUUUCAGAACUUGACAGCAAUGAUUCCGAAGAUAUGCUAAAAAAAGGUCUCAGAAGAGGAGCCGAUGUGGCCUGCGGAGAUGAUACAUCCACUCUCAAGGACCUCAUUGCUGCCUGGGUCAAUCAAGAUUUCCGUCUGUCCUAUCUACUCAAGGCUGACGACAAGCACUCAUGUGGUUUCAUUCAUGAAACUUGUGGGAGAUUGCUCUGCCCUGCUGAGUGGGACUGGAGUGAUGCCCGAGUGAAGGCCGGUAUUCACGACCGAACAUCCCAGUAUAUUGUAUCAGAAAAUUCCUGGCCUCUCUUCCUGUACAAGAAUUACUCAAUCAACAGCAACAACCUCGAGAAAGGUCUAUUCAAGUCUAAGAUUCUGGUGCAGGCUUUCAAAGCCACAUUCACCUCUCCGUCUUCCACAAGAGAAGCCAACAUCCUGGAGAACAACAGGCGUGCUAGGCAUGCAUUAAACCACGUCAAGGUUCAUUUCACUCUAUCCGGUGUCAGAUCUUGGCGCACCAUGGAUGGCGACUUUGACUAUGAAAUGUUCUGGAACAACAUCAUGGACUUUUUCGAGGACGUCCCUGGUCCUGUCGCAUGA